AUUUGACGUAAACUCGUAAACAUAACCUCAAAAAAUAAAACCGUUCUCUCCUUAAUUUUAAUCGAUUUUUAAGGAAAAAGUUAGUUUAUAUUUAAAAAAAAUGUCGAAUAAUAAGCAAUACGGGUUAAUUAUUCCAAGUAAAUCAAAAUUAACCCCAGCUAACGAAGUUAAAAAACCGUCAAUAUUUGAACAAGAUUCUGAUGACGAUUCAGAACAAGAUGAUAAACCAACUGGAAUUACAAAGAAUUUAAAACGCCAAGAUAGAAUAACGAUACAAAAAGCUGUUGAAGAAGAUCCAACAAUCUAUCAAUAUGAUGAAUUAUACGACGAUAUUGAGCAAAAACGUAAAGAAUCGAAAGCUUCCAUUCAAGACAAAGAGAAAAAGCCAAAGUACAUAAAUCGCUUAUUGGUGAUGGCUGAGAAACGAAAGAGAGAAAAUGAAAGAAGAAUCGAACGCCAAGUGCAAAAAGAAAGAGAGGCUGAGGGUGAAGAAUUCAAAGAUAAGGAAUCUUUUGUGACUUCAGCUUAUCGGAAAAAAUUGGAGGAAUUUAAAAAGAUGGAAGAGGAAGAAUUAAGAGAGGAAUAUUUAGAAAAAAUUGGUGAUGUUACUAAACAAGAAAAUUUAGAUGGGUUUUAUAGGCAUUUAUACGACCAAAAAGUCAAUUAUGAGGAUAAAUUAAGUGAUGAUGAUGGAGUUGAUAAAAAAAUCGAUGAUAAAAUUGAUGACAAAAAAAUUGAAAUUGUAGAAAAGAAAAAAUUAAAUAAAAAUCGAAAAUAUCGACAAAGAAAAUCAUCAGAAUCUGAAGAAAAUGAGGUUAAAAAUGAAAAUGAAGAAGAAGUUAAAAAAAUGGAACACCUCCCUUCGAAUUUAGACGCAGAUUCCGAUUUUAGUAUUGAUUCGUCUUCAUCAGAUGAUGAAAAUGUUGAUAAUGAUGGUAAUCGAAAAAUAAAAAAAAUUAAAAAAGAUUCCGACGUUAAUCUUAAUGAUCAAAAUGAUAAGAAUGAAAUUGUUGAAAAAGAUGAUGAAGUAAAGAAUGAUUUAAAAGAUAAAACCGAUUUAGAAAAUGAUAAAGAAGGUGUUGAAGAUGCUGGAAAGAAUGUUGAUGAAGUGAAAGAAGAGAAAAAGCCAAAAUUGGAUAUUUGGAAGAAAAGAACUGUUGGAAUUGUGUUUGAUGAAGCCUUGCAAAGAUAUUUUGAGAGGAAAAGUUUGAGAGAAGGUGUUUGUUGUUGAAAAUAAAGUUAUUAAAAAUUG